UGGAACACGAGUGAUUCAAUCGUUGCUGCGAUUGAAUAUUAUAUUUGAGUGCAUUAAACUUGACGGUGAAUUGUUCGUUAUUUGCGAUAAAAUGGGCAUCAAAUCCUUCGUACUUUUUUUAUUGAUAGCCAUCACGACUAACGCGUCGUGGUCUCACCGUCAUCAUCAUCAUCAUCAUCAUCAUGAAUAUUAUCCAGAACACAGAAAGGAAAACAGUCAUAUAAAUUAUGUCAACCAAAAACCGAAUUUUGAAAAUGAAGAAACCGUAAAUACUGCGCAAUCAGAAUUACUGAAAAAGAAUGAAAAAUACUCAGAAGUCUUAGAUACCAAAGGCAUUCCUUUUAAUGCGCGAAGAUUAGAGAAAAUGUUGGAGAAGGCACUCCUGAAGAUAAUCACAGGUGAUCUCGGCGCAGCAGAGAUGCUGCUGUUGAAGAGCUUGAAUUACACGCCGGAAGAAGUGCUGGCGAUUCGCGAGCGGGAACUCGAUAAGCGAAGGGAUGAAGAAUUGAGAAAAAUGGAGGAAUCCGAUGGGAAAAAAUAUUACGAUGAAAAUCUGUACAGAGACAAGGCGAAGCAUUGGAAUUAUAAUUCUAUGGAACUUGAGCCAUCGUCUCGUAGUGAUCCUGACGUGGACGUAUCGAGGAAUGAAAGGAAGAAGAAUCGAUAUAAGGGGAAGGCUUCUCACGACAAAGACUUCGACUUUGAUGCUUAUAAUCGUCAGGCGGUAAUCGAUUACGAAAACUUGGCUUCCAAACUCGAGCUGCAGCAGCAAUCGUGGUCGGAACCUGCAGCGAAUUUCGAUUAUGAAGACGAGUCGAAGAACUCCGAGGAGCAGAAGCCGUCGCAGAACAUUCAUCAGAACUUCGACCGAGCCAUGGAACCCCACGUGAUCUUCAAGAUCCCCUACGACGAUUCUGAGCUCGAUUCCGGAUCUGAUGAAAAAUCAAAAUUUAUCGAUGGUGACGCCCUGGUUUUGUCGAAGGGUCUGAAACAUCGCAUUCCUUCGACCUUGAGACACACGACUGCGAGGAAUGUUGCAAACUCCUUUCACGCUUCGUCAUUGUCUACUUCUUCUUCUUCUUCUUCGUCUGCCUCUUCUGCGGCUACCGGGCACACUCCACUUCCCAUAGUAUACCAGCUGCGGAAUUUUAAAGGCGUCAGGCCAGAUUACCCGAAGAAUCAACCUUCCUUCAGCACGACUGAGUUUCCGGAGUCUAUUAUCACGAGCACUAUUAUUACGAAUGUUACAUCUAACGCGACUUCCAGCGUGACUGAUGACUUCGCCAGUUCAGCGAAUGACAAUAAAUUGUCCGUCAAAGAUGCGGACGAUGUGACCGACAGAAAAAUCAGCGAGUACGAGGGGCUAGAAUGGGUUGGAGACGACGUUUAUAGGGUGAUACCGGCUUUCGCGGACUCUCUGGGUUACGAUAACACCGACGAGAGCGCGACUACAGACUACGAGGAGCAAAAUCUAGGUUUCCAAGAGGGAAACGAAACUGAUACUCUGGAGUAUCAGAAUGAUACUCCCGAUCCGGUAAAGCUUUUCAUAGCCAAUGCCAAUAUCUCCAUUGAGAACGCGUCACAGACUGCCAAUCUGACUGCCAAUCAACAACUAUCGGGCACAAAUCGGGAAGAAAAUGUAACCUCAAGCAGUCAGAGCCAAAAGAAGGCGAUCGAUGACAUUAAGUCGAAAAUUCUUGCGAUAACUGGAAGAUACAAUCUUAGCACCAACACCAAUCAAGUUCAACGCGAGAGACUCGCUAUGUUUUCGCCCGUUUGUCACAUACCUCGAAACACGGAUUCUGAGGCAUGGAUGGAUCCAUUUUUGAUGAAUAUGCACUUUCAAUUAAAUCUUACUUCCGACGAUUACGUUGUCGCUGCGAGACUGCGACUUCACGUAUUUUCACAAAAAAACACGACUUCCGACUUUCGGCUUUCGAGUCCUUUUGACGUGGAAGACGACGACGAGAAGAAAAUCAGGGUAUCCGUUUACUACUAUACCAAAUCGCUGAAGAAGCAUCGAUCAAAGAAACGACUGAUGGACUCUGUCGUGACGCCUCUGAAUUCCAAAGGCGCUCAUCUGGCGCUGGAUGUCGGGCAAGGCCUGAGAUUCUGGCGACCGAGUCCGCGAAAUCCACAUGGCAACGGUAAUAAUCACGGUUUAGUGGUUCAGAUAGAGGACCAGGACGGCCGGCCGCUAAAACCGGCUCUGUACAUCCAACAAUCGUCCUGCGUGGACCACGAUUUCGAUGAGAAGGCAUAUCAACGCAUACCUACACUUUUCGUCCGGGCCUGCCAUCGUUAUGUUCGCAUCGUAGAUGACGAAAAAGUCACAUACGUAAAUUGUAGGCAUUGAUGACAAAAGUCACUUGAUCAGAAAGCGAAAAAAUUUAUUUCAAAAUAAAAGAAAUCGACUUAAACUAUAUUGUGUUAUCGUCAUUAUCUAGAAAUACUUGCCAUUAAAGAAAAUUUGAAUCUUUAUUGUAUAAAC